AUGAAUGCGAAUAUUGAGCAAGUGCGGAUGUGUCUGGCAGAUCCAAACUUCAAUCAACCGGGUCACAUCGACAUCAUUCUAGGUUCGGAUGUCUUUCUUGCUCUCCUGGUAGCGGGGCAAGUCAAGGACAACUUGGGCAUUCCUGUGGCCCAGAACACCAUAUUUGGAUGGAUUAUUUCGGGAAAUCAUGCUAUUUAUACUUCGGAAGUUCGCAGUAACCAUUCAAUCAUCAACCUGCAUUGCGAUGUGGAUAUCAACCGCACUUUGCGGCAAUUUUGGGAAGUGGAGGAGGUUCCGAAGCAGCCGGAACUCACCACUACAGAGCAAGCAACUUUAGACUUCUUUAGAUCGACGCUUACACGCGACAAAACGGGACGUUUCAUCGUUCGACUUCCUUUCGACGAUUCGAAACCAGCGCUGGGUGAAUCAGUUACUUCAGCCAUUAAACGAUUGCGAUCGUUGGAGAGACGCUUUCAACAAAACCUCGAGCUCGCUAGGCAAUAUUCGGACUUUCUUGAUGAAUAUUUAGCGUUGGGACAUAUGGAGCAAGUUCCCGACCACCAGAUUGACGUCGAUUGUAGUAAAUGUUUUUACCUUCCUCAUCAUUCGGUAUUGAAAGCAGAAAGUACAACAACGAAAUUAAGGGUCGUUUUUGACGCUUCAUGCGCGUCAUCGAACGGUCUAUCCCUCAACGAUCGAUUAAUGGCAGGGCCAAAUGUUAAUCGAGAUCUCUUCACGGUGUUUCUGCGGUUUCGUUCGAACCAGGUUGCAUACGCAGCAGAUGUGGAGAAAAUGUACCGUCAGGUUUUGGUACACCCGGCGGAUAGAGACUUUCAGCGGAUAGUGUGGCGAAGUAGCUUGGAACAACCAAUUAAACAUUAUCGUUUGUGUACAGUGACGUACGGGACUAAAUCCGCGCCUUUCUUGGCCAUUGAAGCGAUGAAACAAGCAGCACGAAAUUACGAAUCAGUUUACCCUGAGGCAGCGGAGAUUAUCAAACUCGACACAUAUGUCGACGAUUUGCUUUCCGGUGCACGCGAUGUACACGAAGCGAAAAGGCUGAUAGGACAAAUUACGGAAAUCAUGAAUUCGGCAGGAUUUAAUUUAAGGAAAUCGACUACAAACGUCCCGGAACUGUUUGAAACUCUAGCUGUUGACGAACAGCUUCCUGUUGAUGUAAAAUGGACAGAUCAACCGAACACAGUGAAGGCAUUAGGCAUACAAUGGCAACCAAAGGAAGCCGCCUUUUCGUUUAAGGUGUGCCUUCCGUUAGAGAGCGUGAAUACAAAACGGCAGUUACUAUCGGACUCGUCGAAGCUGUUUGAUCCCUUCGGUUGGCUAGCACCAGUCAUUAUACGUAUCAAAAUCUUAUUCCAACAGCUAUGGCUUAGUGACAUCAGCUGGGAUGACCCACUGCUUCCUGCUAUAGAGGCAGCGUGGACGGACAUUAAAGGGCAACUUCGGCUAGUUGAGCUCAUUCGCGUUCCUCGUUUCGCAUCGAAUUACAACGGGAAAAUGGAACUACAUGGGUUUUCAGAUGCGUCGGAAGUGGCGUACGGCGCAGUGGUAUACACACGUGCAAGGGAUGCAGAAGGAAAUAUUGUGGUCAAUCUUUUGGCAGCAAAAACAAGGGUGGCACCAAUUAAACAGGUGUCUCUUCCACGACUUGAGUUGAAUGCGGCGGUACUAUUAGCUGAACUGAUGGAACGAAUAUCAAUAGCAUUGUCACAUCUGGAGGUUGAAAUGUGGGCGUGGACGGACAGUUCCAUUGUACUUCAAUGGUUAUCCGCUCAUCCACGAAAAUGA